AUGUCUUCCGUCCGCGCAGCAGGGCGCACGGCUCGCCGCGAGCGAGGCCAUGGCGACCCCGUGCAAACCAGCUACAGCUCGGCGCACGUCGAGAUACCGGCAGAUUAUUUGACGACUGAGCCACAAGAUGCGAAGCCGAUCACGUAUCAACCAAUAGACUUCAAGGACAGCGUGCUUCCCGAGUACGAUGGCGGUUAUGCGGUCGUGCUAGACAACGUGCUCAGCCCUACCGAAUGCGCCAAGCUCAUUAAGCUGGCCGAGUCCAGCGUCCUGGACAAGGACAAGGGAGAGGAUGGCAACCCUUGGCGGCCUGCUCUCGUCAACGUCGGCAUGGGGCAUGAGGUGCUCGCCGCCGACUACCGCAACAGCGACAGGAUCAUCUGGGACCAGCAGGACAUUGUGGAUCGAUUAUGGGCUCGCAUGGAGACCGUUCCCGAGAUCAAACAGAGGCUGGCGCGGUUCAACGAGGACGACCUCCUUGGGGGAAGAAAGCAAAAUGGCAAGCCCGGCAUGAACUGGGACUUCUACCGAAUAAACAAGAGAAUGCGGUUCCUGAAGUACGGCGGCGGCCAGUUCUUCCGCCCCCACUGCGACGGGCCAUACGAGGAGUACCCCGAUGACAAAGUGAUAAGAACACACUUCACGGUGCAUCUAUACCUGAAUGACUCCAAGGCCGAGGCUGGUGGUGAGGCUGAUCUUGAAGGGGGUGCAACCUCGUUCCUAUCGUCUGAUGAGAAGCGCAAGCUAGACGUAGAUCCGAAGGCCGGGAGAGUAUUGAUUUUCCAGCACAGGCGGCUCUACCACUCAGGCGACGAUGUGAAAUCGGGCACCAAAUAUACGGUACGGACAGACAUCAUGUAUGAACUGAAACGCGAUGAAUAG